AUGCAUGAGUCUGUUCCCUUGUCGAGUGAGGAUGACUCUGCCGCUUUCCUUCAGAUCGCAACCGCUGCUGGAAAGCUGUACAAGGACCUGUGCAACUGCGAGGACAAUUGUCCACCAACCGUUCAGGAUGCUGAGCGCAUCCUGAAGAAGAGCUGCAUGGAACACAACCAGCCGGACUGCAUCCGUCUCAUCUCCGGCCUGUUCAGUGGCUCGAUGCCUUCGGAUCCAUACACUCGCAGCGACAGCCUGUGCAAGAAGAUCAAGUCUUUCAGUGAUAACACACAGCCGAAGGCAAAGUCCUCCAAUUUUGCAGAAGACAUGCUGCGUCGCUCUCUACAUCCUCAUGCAGCAUCCCUUACAGAAGUGAACAAGGUUGCAGUCGGAAAAUCCAUGCCAUGA